AUGAAGCUGGAUCUAACUGGGAGGCCCAUCAGCGGCAGAUUGGACGCUCUCACCAAUCUCACCAGCCUGCAGUUUCUGUAUCUCUCAGACACCGGUGUCACUGGAAGCUUGCAGGCCUUGGGCAACAUGACCGAGCUGCAGCAGUUGUGGCUGCCCGGUACAAAGGUGGCCGGUGACCUGCAGCCACUCUCCAAGCUGACGAAGUUGAAGCAGCUCUCGCUCAAAAACACCGAAGUCAAUGGAGGCCUGCAGGCCUUGGCGGAGAUGACCGAGCUGCAGAAGUUGUGGCUGGAUGGUACAAAGGUGACCGGUGACUUGCAGCCACUCUCCAAGCUGACGAAGUUGAAGGAGCUCUUGCUCCAAAACACCGAAGUCAAUGGAGGCCUGCAGGCCUUGGCGAAGAUGACCGAGCUGCAGAAGUUGGGGCUGCAUGGUACAAAGGUGGCCGGUGACCUACAACCGCUCUCCAAGCUGACGAAGUUGGAGCGCCUCCGGCUCAAAAACACCGAAGUCAAUGGAGGCCUGCAGGCCUUGGCGGAGCUGACCGAGCUGCAGAAGUUGUGGCUGGAUGGUACAAAGGUGACCGGUGACUUGCAGCCACUCUCCAAGCUGACGAAGUUGAAGCGCCUCCGGCUCAAAAACACCGAAGUCAAUGGAGGCCUGCAGGCCUUGGCGGAGAUGACCGAGCUGCGGAAGUUGUGGCUGGAUGGUACAAAGGUGACCGGUGACUUGCAGCCACUCUCCAAGCUGACGAAGUUGAAGCAGCUCUUGCUCCAAAACACCGAAGUCAAUGGAGGCCUGCAGGCCUUGGCGGAGAUGACCGAGCUGCAGAAGUUGUGGCUGGAUGGUACAAAGGUGGCUGGUGACCUGCAGCCACUCUCCAAGCUAACGAAGUUGGAGCAACUCCGGCUCAUGGACACCGUUGUGGAGGGCGAUGUUGGCGAGCUCAUUCACUUGACAAAUCUAAUGGAGGCCGAUCUGAGCGCCACGCGCGUGUCUGGGCGCGUGACGCCCGCCUGGCGAGGCCAACUGUUGCAGCUCCACACGCUCAAACUCAAGGGCAGCCAAGUGAACUUCCUGCCCGUCGGAAAUGACCUGAAAGACCUCCGAGCGACAUUCGUCACCAACACGACCCGGCAGCUGCUUCCGGCCCUGGUGAACUUAGACGUGUCGCUGUGUCCGCUGGAUGGCGAAGUGCAGAACCUCUUGGAGCCCCUGUCCUUCGCAGGGCACUUGGCCUCGAUCCGCGCCAGUGGGGCGAACCUCUCCGGGCAUCUACUGAAGAGCUGCUUGUGUGGCGUUAACGUGGACGGCGAGCGCUACAAUUCAUGUUGUGGGCUACCCUUGUGGAGCUCCUUGCAAGGCUUGGAGUUGGCGGACAACAGGAUCCACCGCAUCGAGGGCAUCCCCGCCAACGUCUACGUUUCUUUGGCAAAUAAUUCGGAGACGUAUCUGAACGUGACAGCAUUGCGGCAAGCUCUGGACAGCAACGUGCAGGUGGACCUCACGGCCACCAAGAUCUCCAACUCGGACGAUGUCGCCACACUGUUUCAUGACGGAGUUCUGCACAGAACCAAGCAGCUGACCCAAAGCGAUCGGUCGAGGGGUUUCGAAUGCUACGGCAUCACCUCCACGUCCCUGCGGGUGUCUCCGUCCUCGUUCUGGCCGCAAGGCCUGUGCGCCUGCAGCGCCGGCUUCCAAGGGAACGGCACCACUUGCCACCCGUGCAACCCAAACACCUACAAUGAGCACUUCAACGGCAGUUGCGUGCCGUGCCCCAGCAGCAGCAGGGCACCCGCAGGAGCCACUUCGGCCUUCAGCUGCGUCUGCGCGGUCGGCAGGAUGCACUCAUCGGAGUCUGGAAACGACUGCCAGUGCGAUGCACUGAGGGCCCUCUACCAGUCAGAGGAUGAUGCCCGGACUUCAAGCCGGGCUUCGGGGGACAUUUGCGAAGACUGCGGAAAGCUGAAUUUGGACUGCCAGCAGCCCGGCCUCAAUGCAAGCUCCGCGCCACCGCAGGUCGGCUACGCUCGCCUGGAAGAAGGAGCUCAGCGUGCUUAUAGGUGCUUGGAGCCUACGGCGGAGAAGCGCUGCAGCGCUUCUUCAGCGAACGGCACUGGGAAUGUCACAGCGCUUGGCUGCGCCGUCGGCCACGAGGGCCCGCUCUGUGUGGCCUGCUCUUGGGGCCACCGCAGCCGUGCCGGCGUCUGCAUUCCCUGCGAAGUGGCCUCUGAUGCCGGCACGCGCUGGCUGUACUUGCGUUGGGUGGUGGGGGCCGCGGUUUUCGCCGGAGUGCUCGGUGCCGUCAUCUUCCUGUGGCGAAGGAGCCGCAGCGAGCCCGCGACAGCCCGGCUCGAGCCGACCCUAUGGAGCGUGAUGCAGCCCCUGUUGGCCGCACAGGGCCCCGUGCUGCUCCAGCUCUUCCAGCUCUGGGGGCUGUUGGUGGCCCUCUUGGACUCCCAGGGUAAAACCGGCGACGAACCGACACGGGCUGACGGCUUGUGGGCGGAGGAGUAUGUCCAGUGGCUACUGCUUACCGCGCAAGGCCUUCGCGAUGCGACGAGCCUCGAGUGCUGGUUCGGAAGGACAGCGAACGAUGUCACGGCUUUGGUCGGGCCCUGUGUGCCCCUGGCGCUGCUGGUGCUCUGCAUUCUCCCGGAGCUGGCCUCGCAUGGUAGCGGCGUCAGCUUGGUGCUGAAGCUGCUGACAUUGCUCUACAUCGGGGGCGCCUCGAGCAGUGCAGCGCUCAUGCGAUGCCAGCACACCGACGGAGGAAAAGAGCGUCUGCCCGACACGUACGCAUUCCGGACGGCACUACCGGACACCAAGUGCCAGGAAGCGGCCCCGCUUGCAGAUAGCAUCGCUGCGUCCUGCGUCGUGUGCUACGGGCUGCUGAUCCCGAGCUUCCUGGCGUACCUCAUGUUCAAGCAGCACCUGUCUUUGGCACCCAGCCGGCGCUUCGUCAGCCUCGUCGCCCAGAAAGAGGGAGGCGACACGGUCUCGGUUUGGCCAGUCGAGGAGUCCGAGAAGUCUGAGCCGGAGCAGGAGCUGAAGAGGAAGAGCCUCCUGGCCGCGGCGGUCGCCCGCAGCUGCAUCUACUUCAGAGGCGCCAUCCGGGUCCAGCUGCAGGACGAGCGCCUGAUCCUCCGACCGGUGCAGGAGCAAAGCGGCCAAGAGCACGACGUGAACUUGGAUGCGAGCAGCUUUGUCUGGACGGCUUUGGGGAACAAAGGCGAUGCAGAUCUUCGGCGUUGCCAAGCUCUUGAGAGGAUGCUGAAGGAGCGGUACGUACUUGAAAAGGCAGCUUCGUCCGACAGAAUCGUGGCCGGUGCAAAGGAGCUCUUCGUCAAAUAUGCAGCUUGCCAAAACGUGUGGUUCGAGAUUGCCAUGAGGAUUGUGGCCGUUGCUUUGGUGGCCGCCGUCGGGAGCGACAAUGGCCUGGAGUUCACCUUGGGCUUCACUUUGUGCACCUCGCUCGCCAUCGCCACCAUCCGACCCUUUCGGCAGCACCAGGUUAACGACUUGCAGAGCUUCUGCUUCUUCUGUCUGGCAAUCGCGGCCUUCGCCUUCUCGACAGGCCGAGUCCUGACGGCCCGCGCCGCCCUGCUAGCGCCCUGCGUCAUGGCGGCCGCGCAGGCGCUGAAGCCAGACGGCCCCGAAGCGCUUGCGCUGCGCCUCUUCCAGGACGCCGAGGCUCAGUGGCCGGCUCUGGAGCAGGGCGAGACCGUGGAGCUCUCGCUGCAGAGCAUCAGCUUGCUCUGA